AUGCUACUCGGCAAAAGAAUCUACCGCGACAACUGCAAACUCCCUGCAGCGAUUCUACUGAUCACAGCCAUUCUCUUCAUCUCCCAUCUAGAUUUCACCUUAGACAGCGAAUCGCACGAAUCACGAUUUAAUCCAGCGCGAUCGCUCUCCGCGCUUCGAUCGAACAGGCCAUUCCUGGCACAUUUGACAGAUUCCGAUACAACUACGAAACAUGCGUACCCAGCGAUCCCUGCCAUUCCGGCCGCAUCCCGAGCUGCAACUACAGCGUCGGUAAUAGUACCACCUACAAGGCGGAGAAAACCGCCAUAUCGCGUCAGUGAAAUCAGCGUGGACGAUGUCGCGCUUCUGCUGUACACUGAGUCAUCGAUGAUGUGGGAUUUUCUACCGAUCCACCUCAUGUAUGAUUCUUUGCCAGAGCGCAUCAACCCGACGAAUGUCCUUCUUUAUUCCAACAGCGCCGCCUCGUUCGAGAAUUGGCGUAUCGUCAAUGUGUUCGAAAAUAUUUCUAUGAGUCACUCGUCCACGGCACUUCGGAAACAACAACAGGACUCACAAUCACUUCUCUUACAAUCGGAGAUGCAUGCCGAUGCGAAAGACGUCAACAAAUUCUUUCCCUUGCUCCAACAUGCUGGCCGCAACAAGCCUCAUGCGAAAUGGUAUGUUUACAUGGAAGACGAUUCGUACAUAUUCCUGCAGAACCUGCUCUAUCAUUUGAGCACGCUGAACUGGGAGGAAUCAUGGUAUAUCGGCAGACAAUCAUUCAAGCAUGGUCGAGGCGGAUUUUUUGCCUUGUCGCGUGGCGCAUGGGAGCAAAGUUUUGGGGUGCAGGAUGAGCGGAAUACACAGCAGACAUUUGCUCGAUAUUCGGGCGACCAUGAAGAUGCUCUCAGCCAGUUUCUGAAGGAAUCUGGGGUCAUGUUUGGCGAGGAAGAGUACACCGAGGAAACUCCGUCUUCUAGAGACUAUGUCAUCGAAUCGCACUGGGCAAGUAACACUUUGAAUCGCGAUAACUGGUGUGUUCCGGUGUAUAGCUGGCAGCAUACGGACCCCCGGGACAUUAUUCAGUUUUACAAUCUGGAAGAGGGUUGGGAUUUCACCAAGCGUUCGUUACGACACUGUGACAUAUUUACCCCCUUGGUCGCCCGCUACUUGUCUGGUGGUCGCACCGAGUGGCUUCACAAUAAAAUCGACGACACCCGUCAUCCAGCCGGUUAUGAAAUCACCCCCGACAAUUCAAGCCGCAAUAAUAACCCCAAUAUCCCUAAAGACGUUAAAUCAACAGCCGUUUGGCAGCAGGGUGGACAAUCAGCCGACGCGUGUGAGACCGCGUGCGCAACAUGGCCGGCAUGCGUACAGUGGAUCUUUGAAGAGCAUCGGUGUCGGUUAAACGAGGAGAUUAACACACUGUUUCAACUAGUCUCACCCAGAGCCUCUGCGUCGGACGAUCGCGGGCUGCAGGGCAAGACAAUAGGGGGGUGGAUGACCGAACGCAUUAAUGAAUGGCUGUGUUGA